AUAUUGAAAUUGAGAUUGUUGGCGUGCUAUUCCUUCAUCUAGUUCACUAAUAACAAACACCAUGGUACCUUUUAAUCAAAACAAUUCUUUUCUACAUCACAAUAUAGCACAAAACAUGUUCUUCUUCACAUACCUUAUACUAUUCCUACUUGCCUCACUAUUUUUAGGCAUAGUACUUGUUUACUUUCUGAUAUGCUUCCAUACCCUAUUUCAAGAACCAAUUAUUCUUGCUUUAUCUCGCUUAAACAAAAAAAAUGGCCCUUUGAUUAUAUGUAUAAGGAUAUUAAUGUUCACCUGUUUGGUGUUGUGGAUAUACAACAUUAUUUCCAUUAUAUAUAGCUGCAGGAUUUUUCAUGUACCAAUCAAUUGGAGUGAUGGGGUUGCUCUCAAUUUCCUAAUUCUUCAAGCUUCUCUCAUGGGAUUUUCACUAUUUGCAUGGAUGGUGUUGGACAUAUUACACCCUGUAAUAAUGGAGAACAUCUCUGUUGGGAAGAUUAUCAAGACUGAAGAAAUAAUGCUCCAGGAAAGGAGAUUGCAUAUGGAGGAUCAUCGUAGGAUUUUACAGGACGAGGUUGCAGACCUGACAGCUAAAAUGAAGAAAAUGAAAAUGGAUUUCCAGAUGGAAGCUAAUAGGGCUCAGACUGCAGGAGCUAUUGUAUCGGAAUUAAAGAACCAGUUUGAUGAAUUUCGUCGUAAAUAUGAUCGUUUGUUUGAUUACAAUCAAACACUUCGGAACCAGUUGCAGUCAAUAAGCCACGAGGUCCAGAAAAUUGACGAGUCAAAUGGAUGGUCUAAUUUUGAGAAUAGUGGAAAAUGUGUAGAUUUUGAGAAUGUAACGGAGACAGCAGCAGAUUGUGGUGAGUACCUUUCCUCUGCCACUCAAUCAUCGUCCUCGCCCAGACACCGUAGGCCAAUUUAUCAGUGUUGACGACAACUAACCAACUUGCUUCCGCUGAAAGAUGCUUUUCUAUGUAAGUAUAACUUUUGUAAAUUCUCCCAAGAGAACCGAUGACCGAAAGUUGGACGUGCAUAGACUUGAGCUUUUAUUUCUUCAUUUUUUUUUUUUUUGUUUUUUGGUUACUCCAAAGGUGAAUAAAAUAGGCGUUUUCACCUUGCUUCUUUCCUGUAGAGUCAUUUAUUAUUUGUCUCUGUCAUCAAGCUCAAUUAAGCAUCCUUCAUUUUCCUUGUUGCUAUGAAUACUCACAGGCUGAACUUGUCCAGCUUAAAGAAACAAGCAUCACAUUUAUUGGUAAAUGCCACUGAAGUCCAAGAAAUAACAGGGCUUAUUGAAGGGCCUCUGAACUUUGUUAA